CAUCUUCAAAUAGCACCGCACCAAAUAAGCAGCCCCAAACGGCCCUUGGUGAGCCGCACGCGAGAAAAAUGUGGUGGGAAGUGGAGAAGUGCCGGCGACCAGACACGUCCAGAUUUCUAUAUUACUUCAAAUAGUACUUCCUCUGCUUUCUUGCGUUCGCACGCCUCCCCUUCCUUCUUCUUCUUCCCCUCUCAAUAGGGAAAGUAAUCGCUUCAAUUUCCCCUCCUUCGCUUACUCCAUCCACAUUCCAUCGCCCUAUUCUUCCUCAGCUUUCUGAGCCAAUUUAGCGCAACAGUAGGAGAGUCUCAAUGUCAAAGUUCUUGGGAUUUCUCAGUCUCACCGAGCUCUUCCUGAGCUCCAUGGUUCAUCUCCUCUUUGGGCUCUACAUAUUCAGCUCAGCCGUUGCUUGGGACCUCUCACAGGCUCUGACCAGCUCCCUUCGACCGACAAGCUUCGACGCCCCAGUGGAAGAAAUCAAUGGAAGACGGCCAUCGAUAGAGGCGGCUGUUGAUGACUCAGUUCCACCAAUCGUUUUGGUUCAUGGAAUAUUUGGAUUUGGUAAAGGGAGGCUAGGAGGUCUGUCCUACUUUGCAGGAGCAGAGAAGAAAGACGACCAUGUGCUUGUGCCUGACCUUGGCUCUCUAACAAGUAUUCAUGAUAGGGCAAGGGAAUUGUUCUAUUAUUUGAAGGGAGGGGGAGUGGACUAUGGAGAAGAGCACAGCAGAAUCUAUGGCCACUCACAGUUUGGAAAAAUCUAUGAACAAGGGAAUUAUGCUAUAUGGGACGAGCAUCAUCCAAUUCACUUUGUUGGCCAUUCCGCAGGGGCGCAGGUUAUUCGUGUUUUGCAGCAAAUGCUAGCUGACAAGGAAUUCCAAGGUUAUGAGAACACUUCUGAAGAUUGGAUUCUGAGUGUAACCUCCUUAUCUGGAGCUCUCAAUGGAACAACAAGAACCUACUUUGAUGGAAUGCAGCCUGAUAAUUGGAAACUCAUGAAACCAAUAUGCCUGCUUCAAAUUGCUCGGGUUGGAGUCAGCAUUUACGACUGGCUUAACAUUUCAUGGCUUAAGAACUACUAUAAUUUUGGAUUUGAUCAUUUUAAUGUGGAAUGGAGAAGAACAGGAAUUACAGGACUUAUAGAUCUUCUCCUUGGAAACAGUGGGCCUUUUGCUACUGGUGAUUGGAUCCUGCCAGAUCUCACUAUAGAAGGCACAAUCAAGCAGAACAGCACACUCAGAACAUUCCCAAACACUUAUUACUUCAGUUAUGCAACUAGAAGGACUAAGAAGUUUAUGGGGCUCACUGUUCCAUCCAGCAUUUUUGGAAUUCACCCAAUGCUUUUUUUAAGAGUUCUUCAGAUGACAAUGUGGCGGCACCCGGCGGAUUUGCCUUUGCCAUACAAGGGAUAUAGAGAUGAGGAUUGGUGGGAUAAUGAUGGAGCUCUGAACACAAUAUCUAUGACGCACCCUCGAUUUCCAGUGGAGCAGCCAUCUCAUCUUGUUGUGGACGAUUCAGAGUGUUACCCUCUUCAGCCUGGAAUAUGGUACUACAAAAUAAUUGAAGCCGAUCACAUCUUCUUCAUAAUUAACAGAGAGAGAGCAGGAGUUCAGUUUGAUCUCCUUUAUGAUGGUAUCUUCCAACGCUGCAGAAAGCAUGCGUUUAGGACUGCUCCACCACCGAUUUUGCCUAACCAACACGAUUAAUAGAAUCACAUUCUUUCUUUCUUUCUUUUUUUUUUUCCCUUGAUAUUAAGAAGAGAUUGAAUGAUUAAAACUGUAGAGCUUUCUGGUUGUAGGAACUUCAUUAAUGUCUCUGUAUUGUUUCAUCUGUAUGAACUGUAAAGAUCUGUUGGUUCGGAUUUGUUGAUAAAUUUUCUCAAAGUUUGAUGAUUGAAGUUAUGGAAAUAUGCAGAUUCUAUGAUGGUGAUCCCAAA